GGCGCUCGCGGCGCUCGGCCCCUUUCCGUGUCGGCCCUCGCAGAGGGAGCAUCGCGCGCCGCCGCCACCGCCCCGCGCCGCCGCCAUGGCCAAGGCCGAGUCCCCGAAGGAGCCGGAGCAGCUCCGGAAGCUUUUCAUCGGGGGCCUGAGCUUCGAGACCACGGACGAGAGCCUGCGCAGCCACUUCGAGCAGUGGGGCACGCUCACCGACUGCGUGGUGAUGCGGGACCCCAACACGAAGCGCUCGCGGGGCUUCGGCUUCGUCACCUACUCGUCGGUGGAGGAGGUGGACGCCGCCAUGAACGCGCGGCCACACAAGGUGGACGGCAGGGUGGUGGAGCCCAAACGGGCCGUGUCCAGAGAGGACUCGCAGCGGCCCGGCGCGCACCUGACGGUGAAGAAGAUCUUCGUGGGCGGCAUCAAGGAGGACACGGAGGAGCACCACCUGCGCGAGUACUUCGGGCAGUACGGCAAGAUCGAGGUCAUCGAGAUCAUGACCGACCGCGGCAGCGGCAAGAAGCGCGGCUUCGCCUUCGUCACCUUCGACGACCACGACUCCGUCGACAAAAUCGUCAUCCAGAAGUACCACACGGUGAACGGGCACAACUGCGAGGUGCGCAAGGCGCUGUCCAAGCAGGAGAUGGCCAGCGCCUCGGCCGGCCAGCGAGGCCGCAGCGGCUCCGGUAACUUCGGUGGCGGCGGCGGCCGCGGCGGCGGCUUCGGCGGCGGCGACAACUUCAACCGCGGCGGCAACUUCGGCGGCCGUGGUGAGUGGGGGACUGGGACGGGGAUGGGAGCCGGGUUUGGCGGUGCCGGAUUUGGCAGAUUUGGUGCCGACGGGUACGGCGGCGGCGGCGGCCCCGGCUACUCCGGGGGCAACCGCGGCUACGGCGGCAGCGGCUCCUACGACGGCUACAACAACGGCGGCGGCGGCUUCGGCGGCGGCAGCGGGGGCCGGCGGCCGGCGCGGGGCCCGGCGCUGGCCGUGCGCAACGGGCUGGGCGAGGCGGGCACAGGCAGCAAUUUCGGGGGCGGGGGCAGCUACAACGACUUCGGCAGCUACAACAACCAGGCCUCGAGCUUCGGGCCCAUGAAGGGCGGCAGCUUCGGGGGGCGCAGCUCGGGGCCCUACGGCGGCGGCGGCUACGGCAGCUCCAGCGGCGGCGGCAGCUACGGAGGAGGGAGGAGGUUUUAACGGCCAG